AAGUAAUUAUUUACAAAUAAUUUGUGUUCAAUAAAAUGAGGACUUGCAAGAUUUGCCUUCACUUGUUAGUUCUUGCUUCGAAAGGUUUUUGCAAGAGGGAAGUGAUUGGAGGUGUUGUUGGUUUCUUUGGGUCUAAAGCUGAGACGAAAGUAGCUUCCGUUGUUAGACAGAUAGAAGGAACCGUUCUUCUUCAUGUGAAUUUCGCAGUGAAGCAGGAUCCUUCAGUGGGGCAAGAGGUUGUGGCUUUAGUCAAAUCCGAUCUUAGGGUUUUCAAUCAUUUUACAGUCGCGGUUCUGUUUUCGGUUGCUAGAGUCAGAAAAUUUGGUGAGAACUCCUUGGGGAUUUUGAGAACAGCUUUGCUUACUGCGUACAAUGAUUAUAGACUCUCCAAAGAUUGCAAGUGGCUACCUGAUGAGCUGAAGGAAGAGAGUUUCAUGCAUGCCAAAUUGGUUGAAAAAUCUUUACUAAGAGCGGUUAGUGAGCGCAGUUAUGGGAGGGAGCAUGUGGUUCCAAGUGUUAUUCAGUUUGGCUUUAUGUUGCUAGAAUCUGUUGAAGAGAAACAAGCUAAGAGAGACAGCUCAUUUACUUUCCAAGACUCAGCAAGCCAAGCAAGUUCCAGUCAGCAGACUGAGAUGAGCUCUAUUGUGAGGGGAAACCUCUUUAUUGAACUGAAUGGAUUGCUUCAAAGAUGUCUUUACCAGCAGGACACAGAUUUUCAACUUGGAAUCACUUCAUGCAUUAAAGUAGAAGGUGGAAAAUCUAUCAUUGAAGAGCCCUUGGAUAGGCUUCUCUUUUGUGUCUCUUGGAUUUUACUCCUCCAGCCGCACAACAGUUCUGAUCGGCCUUCCGAUGCUGCGUGGCCAUCCUUUGGUUUCUCACUUUCACAAGAUAAUGAGGUAGGAAGAAACGUAUCUCAUGAAAUAUACUCCAGUACUUUGGUGAAGAUCCGAGGCUUCUUACUAGGCAAGAAGUUAGAGGAUAUUGUUGGGCAGACUCAUGACACAGUUUCCGCAUCUCUGCAAGAAGAUAAAAGAAAAUCCUAUUGUUUGAUUAUAUUGGGAAUCGUUCAAGUGAUCCUAAAUUAUAUUAUAGUGAAUUUAGAGAAACAGCCAGAAGGGAAAAAGGGUGCUAUCAGAAAAGACGUGGGCAAAUUGAAACCGAGCAAUAUUGGCAAGAGAGUACGAUUUAGCGCCUGUAAUGAUACUGAUGUGGGAAACACAAGUAUCAAUGAAGAGCGAGAAAAAGUUCCCUUUUUGGCUACUUCAAGUGUCUACCAGCUAUUUCUACUCACUUUCAAACUCCAUAGCAGCAAAUCCGCUGGUAAUCUUUCAGGCUCGGAGGAUCAUAGCCAGACAUCAUCAGCCAAGACAGAUAAAUCAACUUCUGGAGUUCUCUCUUUCACUUUGCAUGUUUGUGUUGGACACAUAAGAUCAUCUCUGACCAUGAAAGAGGAAAAUCCACUUAAACCGUUGGUCUAUGGUGACAUGAAAAUUCUGGGUCCUCCACUGCUACAAGUAGUUUACAUGCUAAAGCCAGAGCCACCUUUAGCAACCGGACAGACGAAUAAGGAGAAGAAAGGAAGGAAAGAUGUUGACAGAAGAAAACAGUGUCUACAUCUGGCCAUACUUAGCUUGAAAGAGCUGCUCAAUAUAUAUUCAAGUGGAUCUGGUUUGACGGGCUUACUUGAAGAUUUGUUGGCAGUGCCUGCAUCUGAGGAUGCGACUUUAGAAGAGUAUAGGGAAGCUUCAAAAAUUGAAGAUCCACUUGUAAAGAGUAUCGAAAUUUUCAUGGAGAAAAUCAUGAAGCCCAUGACCACAGAGCUUAUCGCGCAAAACUCUAAUGAUGUAGAGAUUCUUUGUGACAUAAUGUUAAUGCUUGGGAACAAUCUACCUGACAAAUUCAAACAAAGGCAUGGAUCAUGGGCUCAUCAUAUCUGCAGAAGCUGUGAAACAUCUAACACCACUGUAGCAAAGAGCACUGUGAAACUUGCCAUCUCUUUUACUACAUCCCCUGGUGAUCUAUGCAUAGCCGUGGAAUUGGCUAAGGAGUUGCAAAAUGUCACCGGUUUAGACAACUCCGAUACUGUACAAGUGUCUGAAUCAUACAUGGUCAUAAACCAGUCAACAAGUGCUUCUGUAACUUCUUGCAUAAUGCAAUCAAUUGAUUCAGCAAUAGUUGACAUGGAUUGGGCCACAAAGAAGCUAAAGAAUUUCUAUGUGGUCUCUCAGAAGAAUAUCCAUCUCAACCAUGAUGCUGAGAGUACAUUCGGGUUGGCUCUCGAGGAAGCCCUUUACUCAAUGGCUGAGUCAACAGUCAGAAUACUUUCUUCCUUUGUUUUGAUGAACCUCAAAGAUUCGCAAGCAGCGCAGUUUCUCAGACUAGUAGUUAGGUUUUACAAACAAUUGGCACAAAUUGUGAAGAUGAGGAUUGCUCCCAAGGGUUGCAAGCAAAUUCUUCCGAGCCUUAAAUUUCAAAAACUCGUGGAACUAACUUGCAAAAGUCUCACGGUUCCUCUAUAUCCCUUUUUAGCUGAAUUGCAAAAGGAACAACAGGAGAGUGUGAGUUCUAAUUCCAAGGGCAUAAUCAAUAAGAUCAAACAGGAGAACAAAUGCAUCCCUGAUUUGAUAUUCCAGAUCGAAGACUAUGAAAGAUACCUUAUUCAGCUAAGCAAAGUUACUAAAUUGAAUUUGUUGAGGCAUGCCAAGCGUAGCACCGCUAGAGACUUCAAAAUAAUUGAAGAUGUAGAAACUCCUGCAGGAGGAAACCAGGAAGAAGAGACAGAGAUACAGAACAAUAACAAUGGUAGUAACGAGGAUGAUGUAAGACAAGAUUCAGACGAUGAUUCAGAGAAAACAUUGUCCCCUCGAAAUGCUAGUUCCGUAUCAUCACCGGGCUUCGAUUCUGAUAAACCAAUAGCAGCAGCAACAGAAGAGGACGAUGAAGAAGAUAAAGAAGAAGACCAAGAAGAAGAAGAAGAAGAAGAAGAAGAAGAAGAAGAGAAAGAAGGAAGCAAUCGUCCUAAAAAGAAAGCGAAGAAGAGUUGGAUUUGCAAUAAGAGGGAGAAUUGGACGAAGAUUACAUUCAAGCCUGAUUUGAAGAAGUUUAACAUGACUGAAUUGGACAACGAUGUGGUUGCUCUAAUGAGUAAGCGAGUGCUUGAAAUUGCUGGCUGUUUGGGAAAGACUGUCAAAGUUGACCUGAAUGGAAAACAAGUACUAAUUAAGUCAUUCAGUGAUUAUGUUGAUCUCUACUUAAGUGCCGCCGAUAAAUCAAGGACUGAGCCUCUCCCAAGGAUGACUGAGAAAGUUAAUGGUAGAUGGGAGGUUUGUGUGAGCUUAAGUGAUGGACAGUUUCAACAGGUUAGCUUUGUCAACUCCAUUGCCAAAAUUAAGGGUGGUACGCAUGUUGAUUAUGUGACCAACCAGCCUGGCACUCAUAUUUUUCCAUCGAUGGUUGAUGACCUCACGCUUGAAUACUAUGAGAAGAAAAAGGAAACUAUGCUGAAGAAUCAGGAAAUUAUGCUGAAGAAUCUGGAACUUGAGCUGCUGAAACUAGAGAAAGCUAAUGAUCAGAAGUUGAGAGAAAAAUGGUUCACAGAAAUCCUGGAAAAUGCCAAGCCUGUCGAAGCAGCAGUUGCUGGAGCAACUAAUGCAGCUGAAAGCUCAUACUAUAAUUACCUAUUGCAAUUGUCUGUUUUGAUUACAGAUACAGUACAAGAGGUAAGGGCACAGAGAGAUCAAAUGAUGGAUGCAGUUGAAGACUUGAAAAACGCCACACCGGAAUCCCUCUGGCUCAAAGAACUAGAGGAACUUGAUAAGCAAGAUGCUCAACCCGAUGAAGAGAGACAGGCGCCAAAGAAACCGGCACCAAAGAAAGCCAGUGAAUCUGUAACAAAAGAGGCUUCAAAUUCAGCAAUGGACACAGAAACAACUGAAACAGCGAAAGAAAUUUCUCUGGAUGACGAUGAUGACGACGUGGUAGUGUCCCCGGAGAAGAAAGUGAGGAAGCUGAGAUCGUCUCCGUUUAACAAGAAGAGUAGUUCAGUGAUGAGCAGGUUGGCUAAUAAGGAAGAGGAGAGCAGCGAGAAUGCAGCUGGAAACUCAUCGUCAGAGAAAUCUGGAGAUGUUUUUGCGAAUAGGGGGUAUGUGUGGUGGAGUGAUUCGGAGAGUGAAUCUGGGAAUGAGUCUGAGUUUGAUGACAUUGAAGACGAUGAAGAUGAUGAGUAGAGUUAGAGAGAACUAACUCGGUUGUUGAUAAUGAUUCAACUUAAUUUCAAACUUUAGUUUCUCCCUCUCGUCUUCUUUAGAGUUUGGUGUUAUUAUUCUGAUGAAAGACUUAUUUUCUCUAAGGAUUGGCACAAAACUCUGUUUUC